AUGGAUUCAAAAGCCAUACGAAACCAAGCAAAGAAGAGAAGGGUCUUAUUCUCAAAGCGGUUAACUGGCACUGAUAUCAUGAAAAGGUUAGCUAUCCCAACCGAGAGUCUUGCAUUUCUCCCACGUUUUUGUGGAGGCCAUGCCCUGGAAUUGCUGGUUCGGGAUGAGAAUGGGAAGUGCUGGACUUUUGUUUGCUCCAUCCGCAAGACUGGAGCUUAUCAGAAACCGGUUUUUCAACAGGGUUGGCAAGACUUUGUUGUAGCUAAAUGUCUUAACGUUGGUGAUAAGGUAACAUUUUAUGAAGCAGAAGAGGCUGAAGAUGGAAUCAAGAUAUUUGGCUCCAUUUUACCUCAUUCUCGCCAUCGUGUCGAGAUUGUGAGAAAACGAGUCUCCCCUACGCCUAGAGCUUCUCAUCAUUUAGGAUAA